AUGAGUAACAAGAUUCAGAAGAGGACCGUUUAUGUGGGUGGUUUGGCAGAAGAAGUGGAUGAAAAGACGCUCAGUGCAGCUUUCAUUCCGUUCGGAGAGAUCGUCGAUGUUCAAAUUCCCUUGGAUUUUCAAUCCCAGAAACAUCGUGGAUUUGCUUUCAUCGAAUUUGAGGCAGCUGAGGAUGCCGCCGCCGCGAUUGAUAAUAUGAAUGAUGGAGAGCUGUUCGGUCGAACGAUUCGAGUGAACAAUGCCCGGCCGCCUAAAAUCAAGGAGGGUUAUGGACGACCAGUCUGGUCUGAAGACUCGUGGCUCAAGGAACACGCGGGCGCCACUUUGGGCAAAACUGUGGAGGCGGAUGCUGAGGAAGACGAGAACAUUGCGGUGAAACCCGACGAGGAGAAGGCGACCGAGUCGGACGAGCCAAAGGCCAAGAAGAUGAAGCCGAAUCCCCAGGUGUACUUCGACCUCAAGAUUGACGGGAAACCCGCGGGGAGGAUCACUAUUUUGCUCAGAGACGACAUCGUGCCGCGAACGGCGGAGAAUUUCCGAUCCUUGUGUACCCACGAGCACGGAUUCGGGUUUGAGGGUGCCAAGUUUCAUCGCAUUAUCCCGGGGUUUAUGGUUCAAGGCGGGGAUAUUACGAACGGUGACGGCACCGGCGGAAAGUCCGUUUACGGCCGGAAAUUCGAGGACGAGAAUUUUUUGCUGAAGCACACCGGGCCAGGCAUUGUUUCGAUGGCCAAUUCUGGGCCAAAUUCGAAUUCCUCGCAAUUCUUCAUCACGUUGAAUAAGACGGAAUGGUUGGACAACAAGCACGUUGUGUUUGGGCAGGUGUUGAGCGGAAUGGAGAUCGUUCGUAAGCUCGAGAAAUGUGGCUCCAAAUCAGGCAAGACGUCAACCGUUUGCAUCGUCGGGCGCUGCGGAGAAAUCGUUUGAAACGGAAGGUUUCCGUCUUUUUGUUACAAUUUUAAAUGUUUUUUUUUGCUGCUGCUGCUGAAUGACGGAUGAAUGAGAAUGAAAUUUUCCAGUUCUUAUA